UGAGUACCGGCACUCUGCCCAACCAGUGGGCUCUUCUCCGUCGUCCCCUCCUUCCCUCCCCGAAGGCCGAGGACAGCGACGUCCUCCUCCCUCUUCUCCUCCUCUUUGGUGCCUUCAGCCAGGAGGCGGGAGUGACCCGCGGCAGCUGACCCAGCACAGACACUGCCUCUCCCACAGCCCUCAGAACACACGAUGGGCCCAGAGGCGGGUUUGCAGCACAGCAGCGACGACGCAGGCGGCAGCCCCGGCGACUCUCAACUGCCUCCCUGACCGUCGACACCACUGCCGAACACCCGAAAAGCCAUCGCCACCAACGGCGGGAGACUCUAGAGGCCCCCCCAAAACACCUUCGCGAUCGACUCAAGCUACGUCAACAACUAUGGCAGGCGAGGGGUGGCGGGCGGAGCCGGAAUGGGAAGGAUGGGGGCUGUACGUCACGCCCAGGGCUCCGCUACGGGAGGGGAGGCCCCGGCUCGCCCCUCAAAAUGGCGGCGGCAGUGACGCGCCUGCGUAUGGAACUCCUACGCCGUCGCGCCACGGCCGGCGGGAAGUGAGGUUCUCAGAAGAGCCGCCCGAAGUGUACGGCGACUUCGAGCCCCGGGCGGCCAAAGAAAAGGCCCCGGUGGGAAGACAAAUUCCGCUAAAAGAGUUCCGGCCCGAUUCGGCGAAAGAGGAAGUGAGAGAACGCUCCUAUUACCUUCGGUCUCGGCAGCGGAGGCAACCGCGACUCCAGGAAGCCGAGGAGAUGAAGACACGAAGAGCUACUCGCCUCCAGCAGCACUCACAGCCGCCUCCGCUGCAGCCGUCUCCGGUUACGACCCGGAGAGGAUUACGGGACUCCCAUUCAGCCGAAGAGGAUGAACCAUCUUCACAAACUGUUUUAAGCCCAACCGUCUCAAAGAAAACUAUCAGGAGAACACAAGAGACUCCAGUGGUGAGUAAAGAUCCUGUAAUCAGCCUGUGUAGACCCCCUCUAAGAAGCUCAAGAUUUGAUUCGUCAUAUAAAACAAGUGGAAAUACUAAAAUGAGUGAAUUAGAAGCCACCAGUGUCCAACAGAAGGUCAAUUUCUCAGAAGAAGGGGAAACGGAGGAAGAUGAUCAAGACAGCUCUGACAGUGAUGUUACGGUUGUUAAGGUCAGAUCCGGGGAUUCUGUUGAGUCUGGAGACCAAACCACCAGAUCAUCAAGUCAAUAUCCAGAAUCACUUUGGCAUUCAUCACAAAGUCGAGACUUCACAGCUUUUGAUAAGCAACCAUUAGUGCUAAGCUCGGGAUAUCAAAAAAAUCCUCAGGAAUGGGUUGACCAAACCACGAGAAUAAGGACUAGGAUGCAAACAGUGAAGUUUUACCGUACACCGUCAUCACCAGGCAAGCGUUCGAUAUAUGGCAGUUUUUCAGAUGAUGAUGGUGUUCAGAAAUCAGAGCUUGGAAACCAAUCUCCAUCAACCUCCAGCCAACAAGUGACUGGACAACCCAAAAGUGCAUCUUUUGUCAAGGUGAUGAGGUGCACCCUUGUCCUGAUGGCUGCUUUUCUCAUUGGGUGUUUUUGGUACACUCAUACUCGUGAAGCAGAAACCGCUGCUGUUCAAGAGUUCCAGAACCAGAUGAAGCAACUUAUGAAUAAGUACCAAGGUCAAGAUGAGAAGCUGUGGAAAAGGAGCCUGACAUUCCUGGAAAAACAUCUUAAUAGCUCCCACCCUCGGCCUCAGCCUGCUAUCUUGCUGCUCACUGCUGCCCGAGAUGCUGAAGAAGCACUCAAGUGUCUGAGUGAACAAAUUGCUGAUGCCUAUUCUUCCUUCCGAAGUGUUCCUGCAAUCCGGAUUGAUGGGGCGGGCAAAGCAACUCAAGACAGUGAUGUUGUCAAACAAGAAGUAGAUCAGGAACUGAGCAACGGAUUCCGAAAUGGCCAGAAUGCAGCUGUGGUCCACCGCUUUGAGUCACUGCCUGCAGGCUCUACUUUGAUCUUCUAUAAGUAUUGUGACCAUGAAAAUGCAGCCUUCAAAGAUGUAGCCUUAGUCCUAACUGUCUUGUUAGAGGAGGAGACACUUGGAACCAGUCUAGGCCUAAAGGAAAUUGAAGAAAAAGUGAGGGAUUUCCUCAAAGCCAAGUUCACCAACUCUGACACACCCAACUCCUACAAACAUAUGGACCCAGACAAAUUGAGUGGGCUCUGGAGCCGUAUUUCUCACUUAGUCCUGCCUGUACAACCUGAAAAUGACCUGAAAAGGGGCAUCUGCUUAUAAGAGGAGACAGAAGACAAAAUCAUGUCUCAAGUUCUGAGAAUUUUUCAAACUUUCUAACCAUAGACAGGAUCCAGAGCUCUUUUUGAAAGAACUGGUUUCUUUUUAAAGGAGGUUAAGUUCUUAGGUAAACAUGGAAUAUCUAAAUCGUUUAUUCAACCUAAUUAUCUGUUAUUUGAGAGAAUCGUUUCCUUGUUUCCAUUGAGAUCUGUGUUAAUGAUAUCUGAGGACUGUAAAUUAUAUGCAGUCCCAUAGAGGAUCUGCUUAGAUUCUGGGUUGAAUCAUUAUUGCUAUGGUAUGACCAGUGGGAGGGAUUAGGCUCCUUUCUAUGCAUCCACCCAAUUUUUUAACUUAGAUUUUUUUCACAGUUUGUCGAGUUAUUAGUAAGACAGCUCCCUGAACACAACUGUGGGUUUUCCCCUUUUGUCCUCUUCUACAUCGUUUAGCUGUGAAUUCCGUAGUCAGCUUCUGCUUGUAGGAACAAAAAUAAUGAAAGGCCAUCCGAGUGUG